GAAACAAUUAGAACUGCUUUAGCAAUGGGAGCUGAUAGAGGAAUUCAUGUAGAAAUAGAAGAAUCACAAUAUGCAUUUCUUCAGCCAAUUCAUGUUUCAAAAAUAUUAGCAAAACUAGCACAAGAAGAAAAGAUUGAUCUUAUUAUUUUAGGAAAACAAGCAAUUGAUGAUGAUGCAAAUCAAACUGCUCAAAUGAGUGCUGCAGUUCUGGAUUGGCCACAGGUAUGAAACUUA